GGGACGAUACUCGCGUCUUUACCCCUAAGCGUUUGAUAUUGAAUGAUUAAGUAACCACUUUACGCGUUUAAUAUUAUAUAUGUGUGAGUUGGGAUGGAAAUUUAAGAUAGUGAGAUAAGAACUCAGUGAAUUCUUAUUGUUUUAAAAAAAAAAGUGUUUGUUUACGAACAUUUUCGAAACGUCGAGCUGUGAAAUCAAGAUUCAGAAGCUGCACAAAAACGGAAAGCUGUGUGUUUUUUUGCGGUCCAAGAAUGAUUUGAAUAUUUAAGAGCGCGUGAUCGCGCGAAUGGUUGCCGGAGAUGAGAGCGCCGCGGCGCAUCACAAGUGCGCUGCUGCUACCGGUCGCUUUGCUGCUCUCGCACGUCUAUGCGGCCAACGUCACGACUUACAGAGAGGAGUUGGAGUCAUCGCUCCGGCUCGUGCACGCAGUCGCCACUGGUGCGACGGGUGCGUUGUGCGUCACGCACCACUACGGCCGACUGAGGGCGCCGCUGCAUACCACGCGGUGGAACGCAGCACGCGCGCGCGCCGACCUCGCCGCUAACGUACUGCAGCAAGUCGGCUUGGAGAACGCUGAGAUCCUCAUGGCUGUAUCCCAAGGGUUGGUCAUGGGGUCCAGCACCACAGAGCGCGCGGUGGGUGCUCGAGCGAUAGCACUCAGAACCGAUGGGGUGGUGGACAGUUCUGUGGCGUGGGAGAGAUUCGGAGCUGCCGAGCCAGUGCCUGUGGUCUCCCCGCAACUGGAGAAACCACCUGAUCCUGAAUAUCCCUGGUACGUAUCUGCCCAAGAAAGUGAAUCCGUAAGAUCGCCGAAGUUCAUGCCAUCCCCACCCGGCGCGACGAUGGAAGGGUGGUGGACGUACCCUUACUACAGCUGUGAGGCGAAACGUUGGCUGCUAUCUUAUACAGUGCCCGUGUCUACCAUUCGCGGAUUAAAAGGCGUUGUUUCACUCGACAUUGACAUAUCGAACUUGGAGAUAAAUCAGUGCGAGAUGGACAAUGAAGAGGGGAACGACAACCAAAUUUAUUCUUUCCACGGAACGCAUAAAUGCCCUAACGAAACCACUUUCUGCGACUACAAACCUAACCGUGAAAUGGGCGUGCGUUACGGUGGAUGGGCGCGCGGCUCCUACACGUGCAGGUGUCGACCAGGGUACUACUCCAUCCACCAUCCUGAGGGGUUCAACGGAUCACUAGUGGAAGUUGCGUAUCAAGAAUACGAAGAGAACAGCUUGGAAUCGUGGAGCGAGCCUUACGAUUGUCUGAUGUGUCAGCCCGGAUGCGAGACCUGUCGGGGGCCGGAGCCUUGUCUAGCCACAUACAACUGGCCCUUUCGGAUAUCGUUGCUGGUGAUCUCCGUGAGCUGCGCAGUGAUGACGGUGAUGCUCACGAUCUACACGCGGCAUCACCGACGAGUCAAGGUGUUUCGCGUCGCUAGCCCUGUCUUUCUGUCUAUCACACUGCUUGGCUGCGCUAUUAUGUAUAUGGAAAUGGCAGCUAUAUUUCCUGUAUUGGACCGUUACUCCUGUAUCGCUACUAAAUGGACCCGCCACAUGGGCUUCUGUAUCACAUACACAGCACUUUUAAUGAAAACAUGGAGGGUGUCCCUCACGUACCGCGUGAAAUCCGCACACAAGCUAAAGCUGACAGACAAGCAGUUGCUGCAGUGGAUGGCGCCCAUCCUGCUCAUCAUGCUGGUCUACCUCGGCACCUGGACGCUGUCGGCGCCGCCUGACGCUGAAGUUAUUACAGACAACAAAGGUCUGAAGUUCAAACAGUGCACAUACAACUGGUGGGACCACAGUUUAGCAAUAGGAGAGAUCCUGUUCCUGCUGUGGGGUGUGAGGGUGUGCUACAGGGUGCGCCACGCGGAGAGUCUGUACAACGAGGCGCGGCUCAUCUCUAUCGCCAUCUACAAUAUCUUCACUGUCAACUCGCUCAUGAUUGCAUUUCAUUUACUAAUCCUGCCACGAGCUGGUCCUGAUAUAAAAUAUCUCCUCGGAUUCAUCAGAACGCAGUUGUCAACCUCCACUACUGUGUUGUUAGUUUUUCUGCCGAAGGUGAUGCGCGUAGUCCGCGGCACGGGCGACACGUGGGACAGUCGUGCGCGCGCGCGGGGAGUGCCCGCCUCCUCCUCGCUCAACGGGAUAGGACUGGUGCCCGACGAGCCGCCGGACCUCUUCCAGGAGAAUGAAGAACUUAAGGAGGAAGUACAGAAGCUGGCGGCACAGAUCGAGUUCAUGAAGAUAGUGCAGAUGGAGAUGCACAACCGCCACCUGCGGCCCCGGCCUGGUGGGUACUUCACUCCGGGUAACGCGCCCGCCAGCCCAAUGCACGCCAAGACUGUCAACAUUUCACAAGACAGCACAGAGUGGUCCGGGCCCGUCUGACUGGUGGCACUCAGCGACAGCGGAUGGCAGUGGCCGGGCCCGGCGGGGAAACGCGUCGUCACAACCGUCGACGCGCGCUCGCCAGCUUUCGUGUGAAACAGCUCUUAUUUAUACUUCUUUUUGAUUGAUCGGCUCUGCGCGUCGAGCUAUUGAGCCAGUGACAAGAGUUUUUUUUUAAUGAGGUACUUUAUUUAUAUAAGAAAUUUAAUUUUAGGUAUGUAUUAUAAAACGUAUGUUUGCGUAUUUAGGCGUCUUUUAUGAUUUACUUUUUUUCCGCAAAGUGGCGAAGUUUUUUAUCUUUCUGGUCAAGCUAUAAUGAUUUUUUAGUUCACAAAAACUUUCGAUGUAACUUAUUAUUGUGGUGUAACCUGACACUAACCUAGGCAAGCACUAUCGUGAAAAAAAUUAAAGUUUUAUGAAAUUAGCCACAAAACCGAAUUACUUAUAUUAAUUAAUUUGAAAAGAUUUUUGUAUUAUUUACUUUUGGGACAGUAUAAAUAUCUUUUUUAUUUAAUUAAGGGUUGCUUUUAACAUAUGACUUCCGCUCGCUAGUUCAGACAAUGCUUUAUUCUUGAAUAUUUGGUGAUAUGUGAAUCCACCGAAACACCCAUUAAUUAUGCACCUAGUCUUAGAUGUAAUGAAGGUUGAUGAAAUUUCGGAAAUGUAAGGAAAUACAAAUAGACCAAACUCGUAUAGGAAAAUCUCAGACUAAUUACAUAAGGACUAGUAUCGCACCCAAAUUCACAAACAAAAUUGUCUUCCAUUUUCUGGAGAAAACGAGCUUAGAUUAGUUAUAUAUCUUACUAGCGAACGCCUGUGACUUCAUCCGCAUGAAAUUUCGUUUUUCAAAAAUCCCUCGGGAACCAUUUUUCCGGGAUGAAUCCAGAGUAAAAUCUAUUUUUAUUCCAAAUUUCAGCCAAAUCGGUUCGGUAGUUGCGGCGUUAAAGAGUAACAAACAUUCAAACAACCAUACAAAUUUUCGCGUUUAUAAUAUUAGUAGGAUACUAAACUAGAAGUUUUUGCCCGUUUUUUACACCAUUCAACUACACAAAAAGGUGUUUUUACGGAUAUCUUUCACCGACGCGCACGAUUACAACUAUGAAACAUCGAUACUAUAGAGACAGUUUUUAUAAUCGCAUUAGAUCGUUGAUCAUAUACUUUGACAGAAAAGUAACGUCUAGCGAGGCCAGGUCCUUAUUUAAUAAGUCUGAGAGGUAAAUGGAUGACUUGUUAACUUGAGAUGUACCAAGUAGGUACAUAUAUUUUAUUUGUUGUAUUGAUUGUUGUAAAAUAAAAUACAUAUGUAUAUUAGUAAGCUUAUGAUGCAUCAACGACAUUAUCUGGUGAAGAAAAAAAACAUUGUCGACCAAUAGCGGCCGAAUCGAAAAUAUCUCUCUUCUUCAGUGUGAUGGGACAAAAGAAAGCGAUUAGUAGAAGAUCUGUAUUAGAAAUUACCUUCACCCAUCUGUUUAAUGUGUGAAAUGUAUUUUAUAUCAAAUUUAGUAUGUUAAAAAAUAUAUUGCGAGUAGAUCGCCUAAAAAUUUCCUAGUCAAUUUAUUAUUAACCGUUAUUAACUAUUUUAUUAAUUUAUUAAUGAUAGUUGGCCAGGAGUUUUUGCGCCAAUGUACUCCCAAUAUACCUACAUGUUUUUUAACUUACUCAAUUAAUAUAAAAAAAAUCUUUUCAUCCAUUUAAAAGACGGGUAAAGGUUAUAUCUAAUACGGAUCCCAGAUUAGAUGUUUUACAAGCCGCCGCUAUUGAUCGACAAUAUGCAUUUUUCUCCUACAGAAAUCACGGAAAUGAUAAAAGCUAUAAUGUAAAAUCAAAACCACAGCAAGCUCUUACUUUGCUCCCAUCUACUUAAAAGUUUAUUGCAUGAUUUCUGACAUGAUAUCUUGCUUUUUUAUAUUUAUUUUGUUGUUAACCGACUUCCAAAAAAGGAGGUUUGCAAUUCGACGUAUAUGAUUUUUUAAACUUUUGUUACCUCAUAACUUCGUCAUUUAUUAUGAAAGUUGUUUUUUAGUUUGUAAGGGUAUACUUCCAGAUUGGUCCCAUCUAAUUUUCACGAAAAUCAGUUCAGUAAUUCUGUGUUAAAAUCAAAAUAACUGAAAUGAGUGAACUCUGGCGUUUACAGUCACUACGCUCGGAUAUACUAAAAAACAAAAAAAUAAAUCUUUUAACAAAAAUAUUUAACCGACUUUAAAGAUAACAUUGUACCUUAUUGUACAUUGUACCUAAAGCGAAAAAUAACAUGUACCUAUGUCCCUUCUAUUAAUUGGUUUGAAGGCGGUGCCAAAAACAAAAUGAACUGUAAGAGCCUAUGUGGCAUAGCAUAAAAUAUUUUUUUUUUCGAAAAUGUAUACAUAUUUCAUUGUGAUUUUAAAAAAAAAUUAUAGUACGUAAUACACGCACGUGUAAUUUUAACACAAUGAAACUUCUCUCUAUGCUGAAAUGCUUCUCCCUAAAAUCGUAAUCAUAUACUUUUGACAAAGGGGUAACGUCUAGCGAGACAGGUCUUAUGGUAACUGGUCUGAGGCUAGAGAUGAUGAAAGUGAAAAAAAAUAUCGAAGUAUGCUUAUGGCUAUAGUUUUUUUCUUUUCACUUUCACAUUCCUAAGCGGCUGGUGUUAACAAUAAGCCAUUCCAUAAUACAGAAGUAUGAACUGAAAGUUCUUUCUGUAUAAUUAUUUAUACUACAUCUAGUCAAUAAUGCUUUGCAUAGACACUGUUGUUUAUAUUUAUUGUAAAUUUAGUAAUUUAUAAUAAUAUUAUAAAUUGUAUUUAUAUAAUUUCGAAACUUUUAUUGAAUUUUAUUGAUUCAAUAUGUAAAUUACCAAGAUAAACAGUAUUUUCUGUUAAAAAAUUUACUUUUCUAAGUAGGUAACAUUUUUUAUUUUGUAUAAAAGCUUUCAUGACACUAAAAUAAUAAACCAUUAAACAACUUAUCAAUCAAAAUCAGCUCAAUAUUUUAGAUACUAUGUUGGAACAUACUGUAAAUACAAGACAAGUAGUCAGGUAAAAAUAUGUCAGGAUCUAAACAGAACAUUUUUCUGUUCAAAAUGGUAUAUUCUGCGCCAAACUUCUAUUCUGCUCUGAAGUUGCAACACCUGAAACUGCGCAGGCAUUAGCCAGGUGGUUGGCUGGUAUGUUAUUGUGCACUUAACAGUAAUACGCCUCAUGUUCAGAUCGGACUAGAAGUUUGAUGCGAUCUAUAUACAGAUUCAUCUUUUGUAAUUAGUAAGUAGAUUUUGAGGGAGCAUAUCAUAUCAAACAGAUUUCUUAAACUUUUACAUUAAUUAUUUUUAUGGUCUACAAUUUUUUUUUUAUUACCUAAGAAAAACUCGAAAAUUUAAAAUUUUUGAAAUACAACCGUUUAUAUAUAGGUGAUAAGUGCAAAGAGGGAGUAUUAUUACUAUCAUUGAACAAAUGACCUCAGACUAAUUAUAGAAGGACCUGUAUCACACCCAAAUUCACGAACAAAAAUUUUCUGAGGAAAAUGAGCUUAGAUGUGGUAAAUAUCUUAUACUAAACUAGAAGUAUUUGCCCGUUUUUUACACCAUUCAACUACACAAAAAAGUAUUUUUACGGAGCUCUUUAGCCGACGAACACGAUUACAACUAUAAAACAUCGAUAUUGUGACAGUUUUUUAUAAUCGCAUAAUAUCGUUGAUCAUAUGAUCAGAAAAGUAACGUUUAGCGAGGCAGGUCUAUACGAUAAUUAGUCUGAGUAAAUACCUUAUGAAUGAUCAAGUUAAAUUAUUUUUUAAAGUUCUAUGGUUUAUAAAACACUUGUUAUGUAUAUUAGAAUACACUAAUUAUGUAAUAAAUGUUUAAUACGUGUUCAUAUUAGAACAGACAAUAAAAUUACAAAUUAUUGUUACGUUUAUAAUUAUAGAGUCAUUCAUGGAGUACCUACAAGUCUUAUUAUAAUUAAUUUUCUUAUUUAAUAUGUCUAUGUAUAGAAAGUUACCUAUUAAACAUUAUAUGUAAUGAAAAUGAAUUGUAAAUUUGAAUCACAAAGCAUGUAUUCUAAAGAAAUGUAUAUAAAAAAUUGAUAUUAACCUUUUAUUUCUAUCUGUGAUAAAUAGUUUAAUUUUAAUUAUUGCUUUUAGUGAUUUCGUUCCUGCUAAAUACUCAAUGUGUAGUGUUUAUUUUAUGAAUAAGCUAUUUAAAUACACUCAUUAUUAUUAGUAAAGUGCUAAUUCAGUUGUACACUUGGGCGAAUCACUCACUGCCUUUUAAAGAUGAAAUCAACCCAAGAAAAAAUUGAAAAAAUUAAUAAAGAUUUUUUCAAUGUCUGACAUUAGUAUGUUUGACAUUGCAAUAGGCUAGUCGACAUCUUUUUAUAAAAAUCUUAAAUUGUUCAUUAGUGUUGUACUACAUUGAAAAAAACAGUUAUUAAGUAUAUUUUUUGAGACAUGAAUACUUACAUGAAAAUUUAAAUUAGUAAAUAUUUUUUAGACAAUAGACUCAGCACGCUAUAUUUUAUCUGUAUCUGACGUCACGUAAACAUUAAAAUUUAGCCAAACGGUUUAGCUGUUGACAAAAUUAAUAGAUUGACGUUUUUUCCUUUAGUGACAUCAAGUAACAUUGUUACGUGACAAAAUUGACAGCGUUUUUGAUGUUUAAAAAAAUACACAAUUUUUAAAAUGAGUUUUCUAUGAAAUCCUUAACGUUUAUUUUAAAUAAUAUCGAUAUAUUUAAGACCCUUAUUCCAUGUACUACACAAAAUUAAUAUUGUUUAUAUUAAAUUUGAUAUGAGUCUAUUAUAUUAUAUUGAGUAAUACAAAAAAACAUUCUUAACUUAAUCUUCCAUGGAAAACCAAUAAAUGUCAAAUAAGAUAGGUGACUUUCAAAUUCUGAAAGCAAAAACUUUAGUACACACAGAUAGAGACUUAGAGGUACCUAAAACUCUAAAAGUUUCAUGAUUUUCAAAAAAGAUCAUUACAUUAUCAGAAAGUUUAUAAGUAUUAUAAUAGAAAAUAGAUGUUUAUUAUAUUAAGUCACUUCACUAUUAUGUGAUUUAUGUACAACUGAUUUAGUACCAAUAAUAUAACUAUUUAAAUUAUUAUGAAUGUGUAGUUUUUAACCUUCCAUUAAAUUUGUUAAACAUACCGAUCUCAUAGAAAUACAAAACUAGCUAGUUAUUUUGUCUAGUAUUAAACUAUUGUAAAUUAUUAACUUUUAAGUAAAUGUGAUUGUAUUUCGUACUUUAUGAAUAUUUAUUAAUUAUUAAUAAUUGCAGCCAAUAAUUAUGUUUCCUAUUGCAUUAAUUUAGAAUGUAUUUUGAAUUAAAAAGCAACAAUUUUGUUUACAAGUUUUACAUUCUUAGUAGUUGACUUAACUUUUUUGAAGAUGACAGUGUCAAGUAAAAAGCAAACCUAGAUAAAAUUAACCAAGAGACCAUAUAUCUAACAUUACAGGAGAGUCAUUAGAGCUAAAGUGUAUAAAUGAAGACGACAAAAAUUGCAUCUGACUGUAAUCUAGAACUUCUUAUAACUCAUGGAUCUCCUAUUAAAAAGUGGAUGCACAAUUAAAUUUCUAAAUGUCUAAAUUGUCACUUGGUUGAUUUUGCUUUUCAUCAUCAAUAGGUAUGGAGAUUCACACUAUAUUUUACCAGUGGUAUUUACCAAGUUAUUUUUGUCAAAUACCCUGCAGGAAAUAUAAUUUGGCGCUGUCAUUGUCUGUAAACAAUUUGAUACAAUUAUUUAUUAAUUGAUUAAAAUUAAAAAUAGUUUUGGUUUGUCAUAUUAUAUAUCUAUGCCAGUGACAUAAAUAUGUUGAAUGUUAUUUAAUGUAACUUAUAAUUCUGGCGAAGCCAAGCUCAUGUAUUUCCAAAACACGUGUAGUUUAAGUCUAAAUGUGAUAUCAAGUAAUGAUUAGCUAUAGGUAUUAUAGUUUUAACUGUAAUAGUUAUGGUGUUAUUACUGCUUAGUUUUUAAAAAAAUCUUAAUGUUUAAAUGUGGAUAGUUUAAGAUUUGUUGUGCCAAGAUUUUGAUUCCAUCUUUUAUGUAUUAAGUUUCAUUAACACGAACGGCAACUGCUACCGACGACCGCAGACGACUGCAGUCGGCAACGUCUCAGCGGCAGUCGCUGACUGCAGUCGACUGCCGUUGGCUGCCGCCGAGACGUCGCUGACUGCAGUCGGCGACAGCCGUCAACCGCCGUCGAGUCGUCGACUGCAGUUGACUGCCGUCGUUGGUAGCAGCUGCCGCUCGUGUAAAUGAACACUUACCAAAGUUAAAUAUGUGUACACCCAUGUGUAAUAAGUGUAAUGUAUGGUCUGUUUCAAUAUACAUUGAUAAUUGUAACUAUUAUUUACUUGGUUCUUAUUAACAUGUACUAGAAUCGCUCGUACCCAUGUAAUAUAAGAUCUUAACAUGUUAUAUAUGGACUUCCCAAAUUUUUACCAUCACCCAAAAAAUAACCUUGAAGAGUAAUUCUCAAUUAGCCUGCAAACUUCAUCAAAUUAAUAUCCCUUCUAGACUUAAGCCGGAUUUAUAUUUGUCUGACGUGUCGUGUUGUGACGCAUCAGAACAGAAUCGGUAUCAUACAUUUUAUGUGGCAACGUUUACACUUAUGUGUUGUGACAUGUUGUAAUGGCUUCUGAUGUGCCAUAUACAAAAUCUAUGAAAUUGAUUCUGUUCUGAUGAGUCACGACACGACACGUCAGACAAAUGUAAAUCCGGCUUUAGUCUUACAAUACCUAUCAGAGAGACAUUCUGUCCAACAAUAUUCUUCUAGCUCUCUGGUUGACUGUUAUAAUUGAUUUAAAUUAGGUUAUCAUUAAAUAAUAGAAUAAGACUAUAAAAUAUACUUACUUUAACUUUCCCCUCUCAUUUUAUAGUAUGCAAGGUAGAGACAGUUUCUACCGUUACAUUUUCGUUUGCAAAUUUUAGAAAUUUCAACAGUUGAUUAUAGCUUUGCAAAUUAGUUUGUAACACUCCCGAUAUGGACUGCGCGGACCGGGAGGGGGUAGCGAUGCCCCGCUCGCACGUUUCCAUACCCGCGCAGACCUUCCCUCUGCCCCCCGCGGGCGUUUUCAUACCUUCGCAGUCCUGUCCCCCCGUCGCCCGCAUAUCAUGGGAGUGUCAUCAACAAACUUGCCAAGCUAUAGUAAUGGCUUAAUAGUUCUCUAGUCUUUGUGGGUCUAGAAACAAUUAAUGUUUAUGUACUGGAAUUUUUUCCCCCGUCGCCCGCAUAUAAUGGGAGUGUCAUCAACAAACUUGCCAAGCUAUGGCUUAAUAGUUCUCUAGUCUUUGUGGGUCUAGAAACAAUUUAUGUGUACCUACUGGAUUUUUUUUUAUGUAUUUAAUUUUGGAAAAUCAAAAUAAUAAAGUUGAUAUUGAAACAGACUGUACUAAGUAAUAAUAAGUUGGUAUAAAAAAAAAUUGAUGUGACAAGUAUGGCAAUGUUGUUUCUAAUAUUUGGUUAUAGAAAAAAAUAUUCUGUAAGUUGUGUUUUUACAUUAAAAUAAUAACUGUU